AUGGGAAAGGAAAAGACUCAUAUUAAUAUUGUCGUUAUUGGACACGUCGACUCCGGAAAGUCCACCACCACCGGUCAUUUGAUCUACAAAUGCGGAGGAAUUGACAAGAGAACCAUCGAAAAAUUCGAGAAAGAGGCUCAGGAGAUGGGUAAGGGAUCUUUCAAGUACGCUUGGGUACUCGACAAGCUGAAGGCUGAGCGUGAACGUGGUAUCACUAUUGAUAUUGCUCUCUGGAAGUUCGAAACCGCGAAGUACUACGUCACCAUCAUUGACGCCCCAGGACAUCGUGAUUUCAUUAAGAACAUGAUCACUGGAACUUCUCAGGCCGAUUGCGCCGUCUUGGUCGUUGCCUGCGGUACUGGAGAAUUCGAAGCCGGAAUCUCUAAGAACGGACAAACCCGUGAGCACGCUCUUCUUGCCCAGACUCUUGGUGUCAAGCAGCUUAUCGUUGCCUGCAACAAGAUGGACUCCACCGAGCCACCAUUCUCUGAGGCCCGUUUCACCGAAAUCACCAAUGAAGUCUCUAGCUUCAUCAAGAAGAUCGGAUACAACCCAAAGACUGUUGCCUUCGUCCCAAUCUCUGGAUUCAACGGAGACAACAUGCUUGAGCCAUCGACCAACAUGCCAUGGUUCAAGGGAUGGAAUAUUGAGCGCAAAGAAGGAAACGCUACCGGGAAGACCCUCCUCGAAGCCCUUGACGCUAUUGUCCCACCACAGCGCCCAACCGACCGACCACUUCGUCUCCCGCUCCAGGAUGUCUACAAGAUCGGAGGAAUCGGAACCGUCCCAGUCGGACGUGUCGAGACUGGAGUUAUCAAGCCAGGAAUGGUUGUCACCUUCGCCCCACAAAACGUCACCACUGAAGUCAAGUCCGUCGAAAUGCAUCACGAGUCUCUUCCGGAGGCCGUGCCAGGAGACAACGUUGGUUUCAACGUGAAGAACGUUUCCGUCAAGGACAUCCGUCGUGGAUCCGUCUGCUCCGACUCCAAGAACGACCCAGCCAAAGAAGCUCGUUCUUUCAACGCCCAGGUCAUCAUCAUGAACCACCCAGGACAAAUCGGAAACGGAUACACUCCAGUUCUCGAUUGCCACACCGCUCACAUUGCCUGCAAGUUCUUCGAGCUUAAGGAGAAGGUUGAUCGCCGUACUGGUAAGAAGGUUGAGGACUUCCCGAAGUUCCUCAAGUCUGGAGAUGCCGGAAUCGUCGAGCUUCACCCAACCAAGCCAAUGUGCGUUGAGGCUUUCACCGAGUACGCUCCACUUGGACGUUUCGCCGUUCGUGACAUGAGACAAACCGUCGCUGUCGGAGUUAUCAAGUCUGUUGACAAGUCCGAUGGAUCCGGAGGCAAGGUUACCAAGUCUGCUCAGAAGGCCGGAGCUGCCAAGAAAAAGUAA